AUGGACGGAAAGAAACCAUCGAUUAUCAUGACAGAUCAGGACAAGGCAAUUAAAUCUGCAAUAGAUGAUGUUCUGUUUUCAAUAUGGCACAGAUUUUGUUUAUGGCAUAUCAUGAACAAUUGUUCAGAUAAAAUGGGAGGUUUCAUGGCUGCUAGGGAAGGGAUGGAAGAUGAGAUGAGGAAUAUAAUCAUGGACUCCCUUACAAUUGAAGAAUUUGAAAGCAAGUGGAAUGCCAUGAUUGAGAAGUACGAUGCAGCCAGUAGCAAACAUUUGCCCUUAAUGUGGAAAUGCAGAUCACAGUGGGUACCUGUGUACUUCCGAAAAGUUUUCUGCCCUUUCAUCCGUACAACAGGUCGCAGCGAAGGGAUGAAUUCCAUAUUCAAGGAUUACGUGAAGCGCAAGGACACACUAGAAACAUUCCUUGUCCAGUACGAGUUGUUUCAAGAAACAAUCAUUGAAGCGGAAAAUGAUGACAGAUUUGUAUCGAUUGGUCUCGAGCCAAUAUAUUGGGGCCACAACCUUGUCGAGAAACAUGCUGGAAAGAUCUACACUCGGGGAAUUUUCUUCAAGUUCCAAGAUGAAAUGCACAAUUCAACAGCCUUUGGAGUUGAAGUAAUAGAAGAAAACAAAAUUUAUAACCUGAAGAAGAAUUUCAACUACAAAGGGCAAGAAUUCCAUCAGCAGUCUUUCCGUGUAGAAGUUGACAGAACAAAUGAGUUGUUUGAUUGCAUCUGUGGGAAGUUUGAACGAGAUGGCAUACUGUGCUGUCAUGUUUUACGACUCUUCACACGAUUUGACAUAAAUCAAAUCCCGAGAUCAUUACAUCAACAAGCGAUGGACCAAAGAAUAUAG